GAUCACCAGUUAAUUGACUCAGUUUCAGCUAAGCCCCAGCGACGUGCACCCGCGGCUCGCGUCCUCCUAUAUAAGGAGAUCUUGCAAAAUCGUCGCACAUUCGAACAUCAACCUGUCCAGGAAGUCAUCCUAUUCAUUCACACAUCAUGUUUUUAUAUCUGGUCCUCGGAGUACUUCUCACGCUAUGUUCGGCGAGCCCUGCAGUCGUGGGGCAGGCUAAACCGCAGGUUCUACACUACGAGAUGCAAACUGCUGACAUGCCCAACUCCUACAAUUUCUAUUACGACACAAGCGACGGGUCAUCCCGGACGGAGCACGGGGCCAUCCUGAACCCCGGCACGAAGGAGGCCGCGCUGGACGUGCUGGGUACAGUACGCUGGUACGACAACAAGGGACAGCUCUACGAGAUGUCCUACAAGGCCGGGAAGAGAGGCUAUAGGACGGUUAUCAAGAAAGUGAAGCAACGAUAACGAAAUGUCUAAAUAUUUGUGUUAGUAAAUGUAUCGUUCCAGAGUCAAUUCCGAUUUCAAAUACCUGGAAAGAGAAAUUGGGUUUAACAGGUACUUUUUUUAUACAUUGAGACAGUUUUAGGGCAGAUCAAAUUCAAAUAAACGGACACAAAUUAAGUACCUACGUACUUAUAAUGAACUUUGAUGAAGUUAAUCAAAACAAUAUUAAUUGUCAAUGAGUAUAUAUAGGUAAAGCCAGGAUAAGGGAUUGCGUGGUAUUCCAAGACGUGAUAUGGUUUGAAAUGACACGAACCGUACGGAAAUUUUAUUUGACUACAUACAUGACGUACAGUCAGAAGCAGAAGUUGCUAAACGGGAGAGGUGUUCAA